AUUACAACAAUUUUUGCUAGGAAGGGUCGGGGUUUUUAUAUGAAGGUGGGUGUGGGGCUUUUGGAUACUCAAGAACGAAAUAAUCAGCACUAUUAAUUGUAUUAGAUUAGCAAUACUAGGCUAGCUACUGAUAUGGGGAGGCAACCUUGCUGUGACAAGCUUGGGGUAAAGAAAGGCCCAUGGACGGCUGAGGAGGACAAGAAACUCAUCAACUUCAUUCUCACCAAUGGCCACUGCUGUUGGCGUGCUGUCCCUAAGCUCGCCGGGCUCCGACGCUGCGGCAAGAGUUGCAGGCUUCGUUGGACCAACUAUCUUCGCCCUGACCUAAAGAGAGGCCUCCUCAGUGAAGCUGAAGAACAACUGGUUAUUGAUCUUCAUGCGCGUCUCGGCAAUAGGUGGUCCAAGAUUGCAGCCAGAUUACCAGGAAGAACAGAUAAUGAGAUUAAGAAUCACUGGAACACCCACAUCAAGAAAAAGCUUCUUAAGAUGGGACUUGAUCCCGUCACUCAUGAACCACUUCAUGAUAAGCAACCUUUUUCCGAGGAAACGGCAUCAACUGCUAGUCACUCGCAAGAAUCGGCCGGAAACCACUGUGUGCCGGAGAACGAAUACAGCAUCAUAAAUUCAGAGAACAACUCCAGCUCACCAACCGAAAACUGUUCGAGCGAUGUUCAUGAGUCCCUUUUGUUAGACAAUAUCUGCAACAAUAAUGAAUCUUUAGGGAACAGCUUGUGGAUAGACGAAGUUCCCCUAGUCGAUGGAGCAUCGUGGGAAAACCAGCAGCCUACUGGGGAAGAUAUUUGCAGUCAUAAUCUGGGUUUUCCAUCACUGGAGGAUAAUUGUUCAUGGUUAUUGGAUUGUCAGGAUUUCGGUAUUCACGACUUCGGUUUCGACUCUUUCAGUACUGAUAUUGAAUUAAACGUGUUAAACCCAUGAAUAUUAUACAUGGGAGUAAAGCAUUAGAACGUCGUACGUACGUAGAUGCAUCAUGAUGAUACUGGAGUACUAUUGAUCAUGAUCAUCAUUCAUGUCAAGUUGGUGUGAAUUUUAUCUAUUGUGUUGCAGAUCAAAUAUUCUUUGGAGGUGGAAGGUGAAGUACCUUGCCUCUUUUGAGGUCCCUCACCAACCAAAGUAAACAAUAGUGCAAAAGGCAGGAAUCAUUAAAAAUGUGAUAUUAUUUGCUGAUUCCUUAUAUAAUUGAUGUUGUAGUCUUAUGUCGAAGGUAAGCCAUGGACACAGUGAGCAAUGUUUAGUGUUGUGUUAGUGAACUGAGUGGGCUACGUACGUCGAUGUGAAUAUAUAUCCUUUUGUACAUGCUGUAGUACGUGUAUGUAAAUAUUAUA